UAAAAGAAAAAAAAAAUAGAUCGCAACUGUAACACCAAACCAAACUCACUCACAAAAUAAAGGUCUUCUUCCAUUCAUAAAAAGGUAAAGCACAAUUUAAAAUUAAAAUUAAAUUUAAAGCUAAAGUUAUGGACUCCAUAAUUUUCAAUUCUUCUUCGCCGCCGUGAAUUGCGGGUCUUCCGCUUCCUUUUUCUCCGGAUAUCUCAUAAUUUUCAUUGAUAAAUACCGCCUAUUUAUCUGCUUGAUUGAUGAGUUGCUCAUAUCGAAAAGUGUAGUGUUUAGAAAUUGACGAAGUCAAAUGUAUAUUUAGAAGUACCGACUCAUACAUUGUUAGCUUCCCCUUCAUUGAAGAAAAGAAGUUUAGGUGUUUAUUAGUUGCGGUCUAUGGAGUCUGCUAGGUGUUGGUUUAACAAAUUAAAGUCAAAAGAUAAGUCAAAGUCUGCAAAGAAGAAUGAAGCUGCAGGCAAUGGGAAGGAUGGACUGAAAACAUUUACAAGUGAGGAAGCACCAUCAAAUGUGACCAAGCAGAAGGCUGCUGCUGCAAAGCAGUAUAUUGAAAACCAUUAUAAGAAGCAGAUGAAGGAUCUGCAAGAGCGAAAGGAGCGCCGUGAUAUACUUGAGAAGAAGUUAGCUGAUGCUGAGGUUUCAGCUGAAGAGCAGAAUAACUUACUUAAGCACCUUGAGAAAAAGGAGACAGAAUAUAUGCGCCUUCAAAGACAUAAAAUGGGUGCUGAUGAUUUUGAGCCCUUGACAAUGAUAGGAAAGGGUGCAUUUGGGGAGGUUAGAGUCUGCAGGGAAAAGUCAACCAGUCAUGUAUAUGCUAUGAAGAAGCUUAAGAAAUCAGAGAUGCUUCGCAGAGGCCAGGUUGAACAUGUCAAAGCGGAAAGGAACUUACUCGCAGAGGUUGAUAGCAAUUGCAUUGUUAAGCUAUACUGUUCCUUCCAAGAUGAAGAGUAUUUAUAUCUCAUCAUGGAGUAUCUACCUGGUGGAGAUAUGAUGACGUUACUCAUGCGCAAAGAUACAUUAACUGAAGAUGAGGCAAGAUUUUAUGUCGGAGAAACAGUUCUGGCUAUUGAGUCUAUCCAUAAACAUAAUUAUAUUCACAGAGAUAUCAAGCCUGAUAAUUUGUUACUCGACAGAAAUGGUCACAUGAAAUUAUCCGAUUUUGGAUUAUGUAAACCCUUAGAUUGUAGUAUUCUCCAAGAAAAGGAUUUUUCUGCGGGAAAGAACCUUAGUGGAGCUCUUCAGAGUGAUGGACGCCCAGCAGCACCAAAACGCACACAACAAGAGCAAUUGCAGCAUUGGCAGAGGAACAGGAGGAUGCUUGCGUAUUCUACUGUUGGAACACCAGACUAUAUUGCCCCAGAAGUUUUGUUGAAGAAAGGAUAUGGAAUGGAAUGUGAUUGGUGGUCUCUUGGGGCAAUCAUGUAUGAGAUGCUAGUGGGAUAUCCACCCUUUUACUCAGAUGAGCCUAUGUCAACUUGUAGGAAGAUAGUAAACUGGAGAACUCAUUUAAAAUUCCCGGAAGAAGCAAAACUAUCUCCAGAAGCUAAAGAUCUUAUCAGUAAACUCUUAUGCAAUGUUGACCAAAGACUCGGAACAAAAGGCGCAUAUGAAAUUAAGUCUCAUCCAUGGUUUAAAGGUAUUGAAUGGGACAAGUUAUAUCAAAUAAAAGCUGCAUUUAUCCCUGAGGUCAAUGAUGAGUUGGACACUCAAAACUUUGAGAAGUUUGAGGAGGCUGACAGCCAAAUGCAGACUUCGGCGAAAGCUGGUCCAUGGAGGAAGAUGCUCUCGUCUAAGGAUAUUAACUUUGUAGGCUAUACAUACAAGAACUUUGAAAUCGUAAAUGAAAACCAGCUGCCCGGAAUUGCUGAAUUAAAGAAGAAGAGCACCAAGCCUAAGAGGCCUUCCAUUAAAUCCCUUUUCGCAGAGGAUGAGUCAGCUGGUGCUAACAAAGGUGUUCAAGGAAGUUUCCUCGGACUAUUACCGCCUAGAAUAGACGAGGCUUCUGAACAACCUAGUAGAUCAAAAUGAAGACUAUUAUUUUACUGAAGAGGAUCCAAAUGGGAUUAAUUUAACGUUGUUUGUAAAAUAGUAAAUAUUCUUUUGGAAAUUGUUUUGUAAGCGAAGCUGUGUAACGUUUUGUUCAUGUAAUUAUCAACUUAUGGGUGUUGGGUUGAUUAUAGUUGCAUCAUUCAUUCAUGUAAUUAUAAGAUUUUGAGUUUCACAACUUCAAUUUAAUUAGCCUCAUGUACUGGAUUUAUUUA